CCGAGGGGAGCUACCAUGAGAAGGGCUGUGGAUGUUGUGCUGACUGUGCUGCUCGCCGUGUCCCUGUCGUGCCGGAGCGUGCUCGGCGGCUACGGGAUGAGCCUGUUCGCGGCGCAGACCUCUCCGCCGGACCCCUGCUACGACGAGCACGGAAACCCGCGCCGCUGCAUCCCGGACUUCGUCAACUCCGCCUUCGGGAAGGAAGUGAAGGUGUCCAGCACCUGCGGCAAGACGCCCAGCCGAUACUGCGUGGUGACAUCGGCGGAGAAGGGAGACGAGAGGACCAGAAACUGUCACACCUGCGAUGCCUCAGACCCCAAGAAGUACCACCCUCCGGCGUACCUGACGGACCUCAACAACCCUCACAACCUCACCUGCUGGCAGUCCGAGAACUUCGUCCAGUACCCGCAAAACGUCACUCUGACUCUGUCCCUCGGCAAGAAGUUUGAGGUCACCUAUGUGAGCCUGCAGUUCUGCUCGCCCCGACCUGAAUCCAUGGCGAUUUACAAGUCCAUGGAUUACGGUAAAACUUGGGUACCCUUUCAGUUUUACUCGACCCAGUGCAGGAAGAUGUACAACAAACCGAACAGGGCCGUUAUCACGAAGCAGAACGAGCAGGAGGCCGUCUGCACGGACUCCCACACCGACAUGUACCCUCUGACCGGUGGGCUCAUCGCCUUCAGCACGCUGGACGGCAGGCCGUCGGCGCACGACUUCGACAACUCUCCCGUGCUGCAGGACUGGGUCACAGCCACUGACAUCAAAGUCAUCUUCAGCCGGUUGCACACGUUCGGUGAUGAGAACGAGGACGACUCGGAGCUGGCUCGGGACUCGUACUUCUACGCCGUGUCGGACCUGCAGGUCGGAGGCAGAUGCAAAUGCAACGGACACGCAUCUCGGUGCGUAAAGGACCGGGAUGGGAGUCUGGUGUGUGAGUGCAAGCACAACACCGCCGGGCCGGAGUGCGACAGGUGCAAACCUUUCCACUACGACAGACCGUGGCAAAGAGCCACAGCCAGGGAGGCCAACGAGUGUGUCGCCUGUAACUGCAACCUUCACGCCCGAAGGUGUCGUUUCAACAUGGAGCUGUACAAGCUGUCGGGGAGGAAGAGCGGAGGAGUCUGCCUCAACUGUCGCCACAACACAGCAGGUCGCCACUGCCACUACUGCAAGGAGGGCUACUACAGAGAUCUGUCCAAACCCAUCUCACACAGGAAAGCCUGCAAAGCAUGUGAUUGCCAUCCCGUGGGUGCUGCUGGCAAAACCUGUAACCAAACCACAGGACAAUGUCCCUGUAAAGACGGCGUGACUGGUAUCACGUGCAACCGCUGUGCUAAAGGCUACCAGCAGAGCCGCUCGCCCAUUGCCCCCUGCAUAAAGAUUCCAGUUGCACCUCCCACAACCCCGUCCAGCAGCACAGAGGAGCCAUCAGACUGUGACUCUUACUGCAAGGCGUCUAAAGGCAAACUGAAAAUCAACAUGAAGAAGUACUGCAAGAAAGAUUACGCUGUCCAGGUGCACAUCCUGAAGGCGGACAAAGCCGGCGAGUGGUGGAAGUUCACCGUCAACAUCAUCUCCGUCUACAAGCAGGGCGAGAGCCGCAUCCGCCGCGGGGACCAGUUCCUGUGGGUCCGCGCCAAAGACGUGGCCUGCAAGUGUCCCAAGAUCAAGCCCGGCAAGAAGUACCUGCUGCUGGGGAAUGACGAGGACUCCCCCGGCCAGAGCGGAGUGGUGGCAGACAAAGGCAGCCUGGUUAUCCAGUGGAGGGACACGUGGGCACGCAGGCUCAGGAAGUUCCAGCAGCGGGAGAAGAAAGGCAAGUGCAAGAAGCCAUAGGCCGGAAACGUUGAAGAGGAUGCCGGAGAGGAAGAGGAAUUCAAGAGAAAUCUGAGCGGGUGAUUUAAAAGAAAAAAAAAAAGAAAAAAAAAAAAGAAUGAAAGA